UUCACAUGUCCGCUGCGUCACGUCACACCCGGAAGCAGCGGCUGGAGCGGAGCCGGUCACAAUGAGUGGGGACGCGGGAUCGACGUCCGCGGACCCCAAUCCCGAGGAGGUCCAACCUGGCAGUGGGGUCCACCUCGUAGUGGAGUUCUGUGAACCCUGCGGCUUUGAGGCGGCCUACCUGGAGCUGGAGAGUGCCGUGAAGGAGCAGUAUCCUGGAAUCGAGAUCGAGUCGCGCACCGGAGGCCCAGGGGCCUUUGAGAUCCUGAUCAAUGGACAGCUGGUGUUCUCCAAGCUGGAGAAUGGGGGCUUCCCUUACGAGAAAGAUCUCAUUGAGGCCAUCCGAAGAGCCAUUAACGGAGAACCCCUAGAAAAAAUCACGAACAGUCGCCCUCCCUGCAUCAUCCUGUGACCACCUGGGAUUUCGAGUUCCUGCUCUGUUCUGGGAUCCAGGCCUUGGUGUCCCGUUUGGUCCUGCUGAGGGUUCCCCACUGCCUCUUACCCCUCACUUGGCCCUGGUGGUUGAGAGAGCCUGGUCUCCACUUUGCCCCUGUGGGUGCCAGGAGAGAGUGGACACUUCUGUUGAUCUGGAGGGUAGAAGAGGCCCUCUGCUGACGUAACCACAGCCACGUCAUACCCCUUCCUGGGAGUACUGUCCACAGAAGCCCUCUCCCCUCUCCAGUUUAGCCACACCUGUCAGAGGCCACUGGAGUUCUAAUUUAUUUUCUACUAGCCCCAAGCGAUGUCAGCUAUUGGCAAUAAAGUGGCACUACAAACACC